AUGGCGUACAUAUUUUCCGACAUACCUGCGAUUCUGGCAAGGUUUUGCGCCAACAGACCGAUACAUUUCAUUGUAUCAACGGUGUUGCUAGCCUGUGUGGCCUAUUUGGCCAUAUUCGACCAAUACAUCGAAAACGAAUACUCCAGAAGCUCACAAUUGGUCAACUUCUAUCGAAAUUCGUCUUCGAGCAGCUGGGGGCUGGUUUCUUCGGACGCAGAGCUCGAGCAAUACUCAAGCGCAAACCAUAUCUACGUGACACCUUUGAAGUUCAAGGGGAAAGCCGAUGUGUUUCCGGAAUACCCUGGUUUGCUGAAAACCGACGAAAAUGACCAUGAUGGGUACAUACUCACAGAGUCUGAGUCCGAUGCUUCGGACCUACCUUCUGUUCUGGAAAGCUCCGACGGAGACAUUUUCAAAUUGCGAUCAUCCAACAACAAGAUCGGCAAGUACUUCGGCUACUUCAAGUCCUUGUCGCAGCGCCUGAAGAGCCUGAUCAUCGGUGCUGAGCCUUUUGAUAUCAUCCUAGUCACUCUUGCCUAUGUUGCAAUGUGGUUCACUUUCUUCCAAUUGUUUUACGAAAUGAAGAAGAUUGGCUCCAAUUUCUGGUUGGCGUUCGGCUCCCUCCUGUCCUCCUGUUUUGCUUUCCUUUUUGCAUUAGCCGCAACCACAGAAGUACUUCAUAUCAAAGUUCCGCUAGUCUCAUUGAGUGAAGGUUUGCCUUUCCUAGUGGCCACUAUUGGCUUCAAGCAUAAGUUGGCCUUUACCGCUCCUGUCCUUGAAGCUUUGAACACCGAUUCUAAGAAAGAUAUCUCGGAUAUCAUUGCCGACGUUGUCAGAUCCAAGACUGCUGUUCCUUUGAUCAGAGAUCAAUUGAUCAUCUCCGUUUCAUUUUUAGUGUGCUCCUUUGCAAUCCAAAACCUUCCAGGACUGAGAAACUUCUGUGUCUUGUCCUCCAUCAUCUUAGCUGUCGAUUUAUUGUUCACUUUCACCUUUUAUGCCUCCAUCUUGUCUCUCAAGGCCCAAAUUUUCAAAGUUCACCGUGAAAUAGAACUAAGAGAAGUCUUAGAGGAGGACGGUAUCAGCUAUAACGUUGCUAAAGAUGUUGCAAAAAUUUCAAUCAAUUCCAAAGGUAUCUUCAAGCAUAACCGUAGCAUUGUGGGCUUCAAAAUUGCCAUGUUGGUGGGCUUUUUAGGUCUUCAUUUAUUUGCCUUAGGUACUUCCUGGCUAUAUGAUGACUCUGCCGACUUCCAAAGCGUGGGUUUCACAGACUAUCCUACAGUUUCCAAUGUUGUUGCUGAUUCCAUCAAGUCAAUCCCAUCCAACGGCGUUUUGUUAACUUUACUACCUGUCAAGAUCUAUAGACAAGCAACUGCACUUGCUGAAAUUGAGCAUUACCUAGUUUUGUUUUUCUCCAAACUGUCCACUGCAAUCUGUGACCCACUGAUUUCAAAGUUUUUGUUCAUGAUUGCAGGUAUCUCUGUUGCUAUCAACAUAUACCUAUUAAAUGUUGCAAGAUUCCACAUGCAUUCGUUAAGACCAAGUAUCCAUGUGUCAAACUCAAACUCAUCAUUGUUGUCAUCUGCAGAGGAAAAAACUGUCAGUGAAAAGAAGUCCAAGAGAUCAAAGAAAAGAUCAAAGAAGAAGAAAAAUAGUACUGCCGACGAUUCUUCCAGUGAAUGUACAGAGUUGACCACAUCUGAAGAUUCAUCGGUUCGUCCACUCGAAGAACUUGUCGAGAUUUUGAAGGCGGGCAACGUUAAAGAGUGUAAUAAUGCCGAAGUUUUAAGAUUGGUCACCGAAGGUAAAUUACCUCUAUACGCAUUAGAAAAACAAUUGGAUGACAAGCUCCGUGCCGUUGUUGUUAGAAGACAAUCCAUUGCCAAAUUUGCUGAUGCUCCAGUCCUAUUGACAGAAAAGCUACCAUAUAAACAUUACGACUAUGACAGGGUUUUCGGAGCUUGCUGUGAAAAUGUUAUUGGUUACAUACCAAUUCCAUUAGGUGUAGCUGGUCCAAUUGUUAUUGAUGGUAAACCAUAUCACAUUCCAGUCGCUACAACCGAAGGUUGUUUAGUGGCAUCCACUAUGAGAGGUUGUAAGGCUUUAAACGCUGGUGGUGGUGUUCAAACUGUCUUGACUGCUGAUGGUAUGACCAGAGGUCCAUGUGUUCAGUUCCCUGAUUUAUUGAGAGCUGGUAAGGCCAAAGCGUGGUUAGACUCCGAAGAAGGACAAAAGAAAAUGAAAGCCGCUUUCAACUCAACUUCAAGAUUUGCCAGAUUGCAACAUGUCAAGACUGCGAUUGCCGGCGAUUUGUUAUACAUCAGGUUUAAAACAACUACCGGUGAUGCAAUGGGCAUGAAUAUGAUUUCAAAGGGUGUUGAGCACGCGCUGAAAUGUAUGAUUGAAGAUUACGGAUAUGACGACAUGCAUGUUGUCUCACUUUCAGGUAACUACUGUAUUGACAAAAAGGCAGCAGCAAUCAACUGGAUUGAGGGACGUGGUAAAAGUAUUGUCGCCUCGGCUGACAUUCCAGCUGAAACCGUUCAGAAAGUUCUCAAGUCUGACGUUGAUGCAUUGGUCGACUUGAACAUCUCCAAAAACUUGAUUGGUUCGGCUUUGGCAGGCGCAAUCGGUGGUUUCAACGCACAUGCUGCCAACCUAUUGACAGCUGUAUUUAUUGCAACAGGUCAAGAUCCAGCGCAGAAUGUCGAAAGUUCAAACUGUAUGACUUUGAUGAAGAAGCUGCCUAACGGAGAUUUGAGAAUUUCCGUCACUAUGCCAUCCAUCGAAGUUGGUACCAUCGGCGGUGGUACCGUUUUAGACCCACAAGGCGCAAUGCUUGAACUUCUUGGUAUUAGAGGCCCACACCCUACAGUCCCUGGGUCAAAUGCCAGACAGUUGGCCAAAGUUGUUGCUUCUGCUGUUCUAGCAUCUGAGUUAUCUUUAUGUUCUGCAUUAGCCGCAGGUCACUUGGUCCAGUCUCACAUGGAACACAACAGAAAAGCACCUGCACCUGCUGCUUCUGCUUCUGGCAAUGGUAGUACCACUGCCAUCCCCUCAGCCCCUACUGCGAAAGAAGUUUCUGCAAAAGCUGCAGAUGUUGAAAGGUUAAAGGAAGGCUCGAAGAUCUGCAUUCGUUCUUAG